AUGGCAGAAAGCAAUAGCGUUGAGAUUUUUGACAGUAACCAAAAUAUGGCCACACCUUAUGCGCGCGAUUCGCCAACGAAAAUCGAGGAAUUCUCAACGGCUAGUGGUAGUGAAGAUGUAAAAGAUACGGCUACACCUGAUGUGCACAACACAGCUAUGAAAAUUGAGAGGGCAAGAGAGGUAUACGGGGCUUAUACAGGGACUGUAGGGAAGCCUACUAAAGGGGAAACCUGGCUUUGGUAUUUAUACGAACUGUGCUCCUAUUUCAUUCACACUACUCUUGUUCCAAUCCUUUUCCCACUCAUCAUAAGCCAAAUCUUCCAUUCACCACCAGAACCUGCUGGAGACUUGAUCAUGAACAAGAAGGGCUUGUUAUGUGGGGCAAACCAAAUGAAACUGUACGACGCUGUAACGAAUAAAUCCAUUAACAUCAGCAACUCUAAAUUCUCUCCAUUAGAGUGGACUUCCCUCUCCUGGGGUAUGGGCUUGAUUUUGGCUGCUCCAGUACUUGGCUCCAUUUGCAAGCACCUCGACUAUGGCCAGACACCACAAAGAAUAGCCGCGGCAGCAAUAGCAGUUGGAGCUUUCUUUUGUCUACCUACAGGAUUCUUCAAUGUCUAUUGGAUUUUGCCUCCAUAUAUUGCAAUCAUUAUAGCAGGUAGCACUGUUGCUAUGGCCUCCCACACUCGCCAACUUGGUCACAUGGUUAGAGGCUUCACCGGACCAACCAUUCAAAGCAAGCAAUUUCAAUUGCGGAGAGGGGUUUCCAGCUGGCUGUCCCUUUAUUCCACAGCUGCUGGUUGCUUAGGGGCUGCCCUUAUGUCAGCCUUCACUUACCAGAUGCUUAAACGCGAAGAAAGGAGAUUUGUUGCUCUUUGGGUUGUUUCAAUUUUUAGUGGCCUUAUAUGGCUUGUUGGCAUGUCACACAUCAUUACCAUUAAACCAACUGGUUCAACUACUCCAACCUCUUCUAUAUCAUCAGUAGCCCAUUUGUUCUCUAUUUUCAAGUUUCCCCAUGCCCUUGGAACCGUACUUGUGGCCUUCCUUUCCUCCUUUACAACAAUGUGCAUCUUCACAAGCACAGUGCUCUAUCUAUUAGGAGAUUUAUGUCUUAAGCCUGUUUUCAUACUAUACUUUUGGUUACUUUACUUCAUUUUUCCAUUGAUUUCUCUGCCACUGAUGCAACCAAUACAGCAUGUUACGAAGGUCAAUGCAAUGAAAAUGCAUUUGCUUGGUUUUAUCCUGUCUUUACUCACAUCAGGGAUAAUGGGGUUCCGCCAUAAGAAGAGCACUUGGCAAAGAGAGCAUGUACUGGGUCUUGCUGCGUUGCAAAGCACAUCAGCUGGGCUUUUGUAUGCUUUUGGAAGGGUUUUGAUAAUUGAUAGCUCUCCACAUGGGAAAGAAGGUGCAUUCUCUUCAUGGUUUUGUUGGGGGAGAGCUCUUGGCUCUUGUAUAGGCUUUGCAGUUGCAUCAACAAUCCCUGGAAAUAUUAGAACUUCUUUUGGAGUGGCAUUUUAUACUGCUAUCUCUGGAUUUCUUCUAUUGAUUUAUGGAAACAUUAGUGAUUUUGGAGGAGCCAAGGCUGCUGGGCAUAUGGGUGAGGAACAUGGUGAAGAGGGUUCACCUGUUGCUGGCUUUGAUACUGCAGGCAAUGUUGUAACAAAGGAUGUAGAGGAGGGAGGUACGCCUUAG